CUAUCAUCUCAUCAUCUUCCUUCUAAGUUGCAAUUAAAUCUUUAAUUACCUCAGUUCAUCAGCAUUAUUUAGCUUGAUUCUUCAAGUGCAGUGUCCAAUUAAUGGCUCCUUUUACUACAAUCGUAUUUCUUGUUUUGUUAACAGUCCCUCUGUGCAGUGCAACUCUUGGAGUGCAAUACUAUGAUCAAACAUGCCCUCAGGCUGAAGAUAUUAUCUAUCAAACAAUUCGCAAUGCUUCGAUUUAUGAUCCUAAAGUCCCCGCACGUAUUCUCAGGAUGUUCUUCCAUGAUUGUUUCAUUAGAGGAUGUGAUGCAUCAGUUCUAUUGGAUUCAACACCAGGAAACAAAGCAGAGAAAGAUGGUCCGCCCAACAUCUCUCUUGGAGCAUUCUACGUGCUCGAUGAUGCCAAAACUACGCUCGAAAAGGCUUGUCCAACAACUGUUUCUUGUGCCGACAUACUUGCCAUCGCAGCUAGAGACGUCGUUGCUAUGUCUGGGGGUCCAUACUGGAAUGUACUAAAAGGAAGGACAGAUGGGAGAGUAUCAAGGGCAAAUGAGACAGUAAACUUACCAGCUCCAUCCUUCAACACUAGCCAACUCGUUCAGAGCUUUGCCAACAGAGGAUUAGGAGUGAAAGAUUUGGUUGCUCUUUCUGGUGGACACACACUUGGGUUUUCGCACUGCUCUUCAUUUGAACCCAGGCUUCAUAACUUCAGCUCAGUGCACGACACUGACCCGACCUUGAACGCCGUAUUUGCACAGACCUUAAAGCAGAAAUGCCCCAAACCAAACAAAGAUCGAACUGCAGGGCAAUUCUUGGACACAACUUCAUCAGUAUUCGACAACAACUAUUACAAGCAAAUUAUUACAGGGAAAGGUGUUUUUGCAUCAGACCAGAGUUUGUUGAAUGACUACAAGACUGGUUGGAUUGUUAAAUCAUUUGCCAAUGACCAAGCUUUGUUCUUCAAGGAAUUUGCUGCUUCAAUGAUCAAGCUUGGAAAUGUUGGUGUCCUUGAAAAAGGAGAAGUUAGAUUCAACUGCAGAGCUAUAAACUGAGAAAGCUGCGUUAUAUUUCCAAAGUUUGUUUGAAAAUGAGUGUAUUUUGUGUAUCCUUGUUUGUCUUUUUUUUUUUUUUUUUUUGCUGGUGAAUAAUUCUCUAAAUUGCGAGGCUUAAUGAAAUAAUAAUAUCUGUACACUAUGUAUUAAUGCCUUGUAACGUGCAGAGAUAGCAGAGGAAUAAUAACAUCAUCAAAUUCUUACA